AUGUCGUAUGGUCUUCUCUCCCCCGACAAACCUCUUGGUCGACGCAGACCGAAAUCUGCUAUUGUUUGGGCCGCUGCUGGCCUCGGAAUUGCCGCUGUCGUAUUGGUCGCACUGGAACGAAACACCGAUAUCUUAUCUGCGCCAUUUGGCGGUGUGAAGAACAGCAAGGCCCCGGUCGUUGACAUUGAACCACCACUACAGCAAGUACGAACACGUGCGUAUAUUCGCGCUGCUUCAUUGGGCACAGAAGGAUUCGGAUCCAUCCUGCAGCACUUCAAGCAUAGCAUCGUACUAUCUUCGGCGCUGAACAGCACCCUUAUCUUGUCUUGGAACGAGGUAAUCGACGACACGAACGUGUAUUCAACCUCGGAAAUCUACAAUGCUCGCAUUCCUCCCCAUCAACUAACCGGAGUGGACUUGACCAAGGCGUGCCGAGUCCAAGACCAUCUACCACACGGAGAACGGGAGCCGCUUGUGCGCGCUCUCUGCAAUGGAGAAGACUGGGCAACACAGAAGAUGGAUGGUCUCAAAAGGUCCUUGGCGGAUUGCUCUAGCAUUCUAGAUUUGGAGAAUGACGAGCUCAUCCAAGACAUGAACGGCUGUAUCAUGCCUUGGGUCCGGGACAGGCUCACACCCAAUAUCGAUGCUCCCCCUCCAUCAUUAACGACAAGCAGCCGCCCGGUAACAGUCGGCAUUCAUAUUCGGUGGGGUGACACUGCAGUCUCCCCGACAAAAACCGACUUUGAUCCCGCUACACAUACCUUCUACGGCUCUAUGUCUCUCAACCACAUCUCAAAAGUGAUUUCGGACCUUCGCACUCAUUUUCCGGAACAUGGCGUCCAUUUGACCAUUGCCAUGGAAAGAGCAGAUUCACGCGUCUUAGACUGGCUAGGUGAAGAAGCUGGUUCAUAUACAUUGUUGGAUUCGACGGAUGUCUUGGGCGAUCUCCAGAAGCUUGCAGCCAACGAUGUGUUGAUGUUGGGGGAAUCAUCCUAUGGAGUUUUGGCUCAUUUGAUUGCGCCCGGUCCAGGCUUGACUCUUGUGGAAGGCGGUGGCCUUCGAAAAUUUUCCAAUACCAGUGGGUGGGGGCGGCAUGUCGUUUAUAUGGACCAAUACACCUCUGAUAGUGUUCUGCUACUUGAACGGCCAGUAUAA